ACGGUCCACCGGUAGACUACUGGAAUUCCAAGUCGGAUCGGCAAAUCCUCUGGACUACCGUUCCCCUUCCUUCUUGCACUCCUUCACCUCCAUCCGCCCCCUUCCCCCCCUUCUGCCCAAUACCUUACCCCUACCAUACUGCACUCACCCAACCAUGGCCAUCGACUCAUCCGACCCAGCACCUUCCCAAUCGGCUGCCCCGACAGCAGCAGUUGCGCUGCUCGCUUCUCCUUCCCCUCCCCCCACCACGACCUUGACCAUUCCCAUCUCUCGCCCAGCUUCGCCGACCCCUUCCGGGCGUGCGGGAAAGCCAAUCCUCCGCCGGGAUGGCCCCAACCGUCGAGAAGCUCUUCUGCGUGGUAGAGAAGGGUCACGUCGCCGUCAGCGAUGGGAAAACGAUCGCUUGUUAUCGAACCCCCAUGCAACUCCGCCUACCGCGUCGGAUUGGGAGGUACGCCCACUCCAUCCUCGUCGUCACGUCCCGUAUGAAUUCGCCUCGCUUUACGAUCAUCCCAAAUUCCUUCACAAAGGAGGCCCUGUCGCGAACCGCCAGGUCACCGAGAGGAUGCCAAAAGAAUUGAAGGUGCGGAUGAAGAAGGCUCGGGGUGCCAUUGGACUGCUUAAAUCGUUGGAAGAGGACGUGAGAAAACUCGUCCUUGGAGAGCAGGAUGAGGAGAAGGCUCGAGAAGGGAGAGAGAAGGACGAUGCAGUGGACGAAGUAUCAGACGAAGAAAUCGUAUUCAUCAGCAAACGGGCCAAGCACCUCCAACUCAAGACUGAGAAGAUCUUGUUUGAGAGCCCGGCCAGCGAUCCCGGAGCUUCAUUCGGGUUUGUUUCCUCCCCCGAGAAUUCACCCUGAUUAGAACUAACCCAAAAAUCAGACGGUGGCUGGUCCACUCAAUCGCCACGUACUACGGCCUCAAAAGCUGGAGCAUCACCACUGGUAACCCAGCGAAGAGAAUGGCCUAUGUAGGGCUCAAGAAGGACCCUGAGAACUCCUCCCUAGCUGUCAGGGGGAUGCCAAAGCCAUUGUGGCUAAUGCUCUGACCAUCUAGCUGGGGUUUCUUUUCAUAUCAUACGGUACAUGGGGUCAGGGGUCACGGGUGUAAUUGGUGUUUUCAUAAACGUAGAAAUUGGGUGUGCAUGUUCUCUGCGCCGCUCAUGCUCAUUGUAGUUGGACACUUCUGUGACACAUACAUUACGCAAGGCUGGGAUUUAUGAUACCAUACCGAAAUUCAUACGACUGUGUAGAGUAGUGUUACUCUGACUGCUCCACCCUAGGAUAGCCAGAGGCACUUUACCAUACAUCGAGGUAGGGUAACACAGCGGAACCUUACAUCACGGUGCCGCGGAGGCCACCCCACGAAUUGCGCCGGUUACUAGUCACGCUUACCCUACGAUACACCCUAUUAUGUAUCAUAGUCCCAUAAUUAAUUCGUCUCAUUGGUAUCUUCCCAUUGUGUAUGGGUACUGUACACAAAUUCUGGU